AUCAACCGUUAAAACACCAUGCCAGUUGCUAAGAAGAUCAACACCAAUAAAGACAACAAUAAUAUCAAAAAAUCGAAGAAUGUAAAAGAUUCGAAUGUUACUACUACUAGUACUCAAAACAAUAAAAAAGUCACCUUUGCUCAAGAGAAACGAGUCAAGACAUUCCACAAGGAUAAGGCUCUUUUGAAGCGUAAGGUCCAAGAUACCGAUGAUCAAAUAGAAGAAACUAAAAAGAAAGCAAAGCCUGCUAUUCGCAACACCAACAAUAAGAAGGACACUACGCAAGUGGAAGAAUUAGUCUCAUCGGACGAAGAAGAAGAAGAAGAAGAACAACCUGAGGUUGCUAAUGAUACCGUUUUGGAAGCUUUGACUGAAGAACAAGAAGAAGCUUUACGCAAAGAAAUUUUGGGUGAUCUAGUUGAUGAUGACGAAGAAGAAGAAGACGACGACGAAGACAGUUCGGAUGAUGAUCAAGAUGAUUUUAUUGGUGAAAAUGCUAAUAUUGUACCUUUGACAAAGAACAAAAAACCACUUGAAACCAAGAAACGAUCCACUUCUACGACUUCACCAUCUUCAACAACAGGUUGGGUAUAUGUUGGUCGUAUUCCUACUUCAUUCACAGAAUCAGAUAUGCGUACUUAUUUUGAACAAUUCGGUGACAUUGUAAAUCUUCGUAUCAGUCGAAACAAGUAUGGUAAAUCUCGACACUAUGGUUUUAUUGAAUUCUUGGCUCAGGAUGUGGCUGAAAUUGUAGCUGAAACAAUGGAUAAUUAUCUUUUGGAUGGACGACUUCUUCAAUGUAAAGUGAUACCUCUUGAACUACGUCACCGUAAAACAUUCAAAAUUGCAGGCAAAAAAAUCAAGAAGAUUCAAAAUCCUAGGGAACAAUAUGCUGAAAAACGCAACAAAGAUCAUGAUAUGGAAUAUUAUUUGAAACAUGCUGAUUCUUUAGUGAAGAAGGAAGACAAGAAACGUGCUGCUUUGAAAAAAUUGAACAUUGAUUAUGAUUUCCCUGGCUAUGCUGCAUCACAAUCACAAUGGAAACCUUUAUUUCAGGCCAAGUUGGAACAAGAUUUGAAGGAAAAAGAAAGGAAACAAACAGAAAAUAAAUCAAUCACUCCCAUCAAAGCUUAGAGUAUCAUGUUUUGCAUUUCUUUUUUUUUUCAUUUUUCUCCUCUUUCUUUUAUAUAGAUAUACAUCAUAUUAUUUUUUUUAUUAGUACCAUCUAUUAUUAUCAUUCAUUACAAUCAUCAAGAAAAAAAAUAAAUAAAACAAGAAAAAAAAAAGACCAUUUGACUUUGUAAU